AUGAGCAAGAGAGGCAGGGGCGUGUGGGACAUGGAGCUGGGCAGCCUCGACACGACCCGCCUGCUAAUGCUCCUCGCCCAGCAGCACCAGCACCAGCACCACCACCGCGGCGUCGCCGAGGCGGCGCAGGCGAUGACCGGCGGCCGCGUGUUCCAGUGCAAGACGUGCAACCGGCAGUUCCCCACGUUCCAGGCGCUCGGGGGACACCGCGCCAGCCACAAGCGCCCCAGGCUCCACCACCCACCCCCGCAGCACGCGCUCGUCGGCGUCGACGACGACGCAGCGCUCUGCCUCGGCCGCCGGGCGCCCCAGGCGCCGCCGCAGCCGGCCAGGCCGAGGGUGCACGAGUGCCCCAUCUGCGGGCUCGAGUUCGCCGUCGGCCAGGCGUUGGGUGGGCACAUGCGCCGGCACCGCGUCGAAGCCGAGGCCGAGGCCGGGGCCAACGCCCCGAGCAGCAAGGCGGCGGCGGCGACCGAGAUGGUGGUGGCUUCGUGCGACGACGCCGGGAUCUGCCUGGACCUGAACCUGACGCCUUCGGAGAACUGCGCCAAAUGCAAGAGCGCGGCGGUGCUCCGUGCCGCUACUGGGCAGGGUGUACAUAAGGCGCUGGGCGGGCACAUGUCCCGGUACUGCGCCGAGGGCGAGACCGAGGCCCACGCGACGAGCGCCAAGGAUUCCUGUGAUAUGUUUGGAAGAAGGCAAAGAUAUUUGCCCUUGUCACUAGAUCUUUGUGGCAGAUUGGAAGAUACUGAUAUAUCCGUUUCAAUUUGUUGA